AAAUAUUAAGAAAUUUCUUUGAAGAAUUGACUGUGACUUAUAUCGCGUGGAAACAAAAAAUGACAAUAAUUAUACAGUAAUUAUACAUCCUAGAUAACGUGCUAUCAGUAUUUUCGUGUGAUUCAAUAUAACGUAAUGCAGUUCAAGUGCAUUUCCUUUCACGUGUACGUUUAAAUGGAAAUUUCCAGCAGUAGAUGACAACAUAACCUCUUUGUCAGUGUUUAUGUUACAGAAUAAUAUUGAAAUAAAAAUCACUUGAAUUCCAUUUAUGAUAAUGCAACAAACGAUUUGCAGCUGUUUGAUAAGGACUUGAUUCGAUGAAACUGCACGUGCGAUAAGCAAAUGUUUCGCUUGUCUCAUGAGUUAUCUGUAUUAGAUAUUCCUCAUCAAGUUUAUAAAACAUUAUUUCCUGUAUUCCAAGUACAACGGAAAGGCUUUGUCAUAACUAGUAUAACAUAUACGGUGUAAGUCCAUGCUACCUUCAGAAGAAUGCAAACCGUAGAGAUGAACAGUAGCAAGGAGGAAUCCUGUCCAUUUCGCAACCUUAAAGAAUUGUAUGAUGGGCUAGAAAAUUUGGUAAUGUGGCCUAAGGUGACACCGAUGAAAGAGAUCACAGAAUAUGUUUAUCAUGGACUGGAGGUACAUUCCAAAAGCUUGAGAUUAAAUAAACUUAAAGUGGAUAAUGUGCCAAAAACUUUGCUUUGUCACGACAUGAAAAAUGGUUACCUCCAAGAUAGGUUCAUAAAUGGCUCCAAUUCAAACGAAGAGUAUUUAUUUUAUCAUUGGAGCGUUAUAGAUACAUUUGUUUACUUCAGCCACAAUUUUGUAACUAUACCACCUUACGGAUGGAUCAAUGCCGCUCAUAGUCAUGGAGUAAAAGUAUUGGGUACAAUGAUAACGGAGUACACCAACGGAGAAGAAAUUUGGAACUUGAUCUUGCGCUCUAAAGAAACUGUCAAACGUUUUGCUAAUGCGCUUGUUCAAAUAGCUAAAUUUUAUAAAUUUGAAGGUUGGCUAUUGAACAUUGAAAAUAAGAUUAAACUAGAAGACAUCGAUAAUCUUGUAUAUUUUGUCAAAUAUUUAACCGAUACCAUUCACAAAGAAAUUAUUCAUUCUGAAAUAAUAUGGUAUGACAGCGUAACGCAUACAGGAGAACUAAAAUGGCAGGAUGAACUUAACAUAAAAAAUAAAGACUUCUUUUUAAGUUGCGAUGGAAUUUUUUUAAAUUACAAUUGGACCGAUCAGAAAUUAAUAAACAGUUGUACGCUUGCAAAAGAUCUCGGCCGUGACAUAAAAGACGUUUACGUGGGUCUGGACGUUUGGGGCAGAGGCUGUCCCGGGGGUGGCGGUUUCAAUUCUGCCCAUGCACUCGAAAGGAUACGCAAACAAAAUCUGUCGGUUGCCAUUUUUGCUCCAGGCUGGACGCACGAAUAUUUCGGAGCGAAAACCUUCGAUCAAUUGGAGGAUAUGUUUUGGGCUCAACUUUUUCCUUUCUUAUACGUUCACAUUCCAAUCUAUGACAACGAAAAGUUUAGUACAUCUUUUUGUCGGGGCAGCGGCUCGGCCUACUAUCGUCGUGGUAUUACGCAGCUCGAGGAAUCCAACAAGAAACCAUUCUAUAACUUGUCCAUGCAAAAAGUGCAAAUUUCCGUACCCGUGCCGUUUCUAAAAAUUAUGGCUUUCACGGAAGAGGUCCAGUCCGUUGAAAAGGACGAAAACUCUACGAAGAAAGAAAUUCUUUACGUGUACGAAACGGAGAAAAGUUUCGUUCGGAUUUUAGGCAAUAACGUCAAUUUUCAGCCAAAAUCAGCAAUCACAAACGCGAAUCAUUUCAAGUUUUGCAACGAAUACUCGUACGAGGGUGGAGGUUGUCUUAAACUGAUAACUACAAAUCCUCUCAACUAUCACAGAUUGUUCCUAGUAUACAUCGAGUUUGAUCGAGAUAUACAAGGCUCCAUUGUCUACAAGGCAGAAGAAACGAGCUCGGAACAAAAAUCUACAGUCGAGGAGCCUGUCCUGAUAUUAGGCAAUGAUUCGGGCUUGAAAUCCAUCGCGUCUUACGAGAGCUUCGAGUUAGACGCAGGUUGGAGAAAGUGCAUUUACUUGACCGAUCUGAGAACCGUGAACGAGAUCGGUGUGAAGUUCUACAGGGAGAAUAACUGUUAUUUGGGAGAGAUCGCGUUGGAAGGGAAACACCGUCGAUACGGUGUGGCGCCUACGCGAAACGAACAACGGUACUCAAGACAAACGGCGCAGGUUGAAAAGGAGGGAAAGGUGAACGAAGACGGCGUCUUACCGGUGUAUGGUGAGCGGGAAAGCGGGAUAGAAAAAGGAAGGGAAAAGAGAGAGAGAAAGAGAGAGAAAGGCUGCUGGUACAACAUUCGCGAUUCCUUCUUUCAACUCUAAACGUUCCAGUCACGGUACGGACGUGAGAUCGACUGGUCGACUUUGACGUUCACUCGCUUGCCGACAUUACUCUCUCUCGCUUAUAUUCUAUAUCAUAAUUAUAUUAUUAAUCUACCCCUAUCGUCGGGGUGCGCGCGUGUUAUUUCAAGUGUAUCUUCAACAGUGUCCUCUGAUAUCGUUGCAUCGAACAAACUCAUUAUUGUUGAUCGUUCACAUUUCGGAGCUACCAGAUUCAGUUCAGAUUGCUGAUUGUC